AUGUCCGUCGUAGACAUCUUGCAAGGACUGAAAGACCACGCAGCCGAAUCUGAAGCCAACGGAGGUGCAGUUGCACAUGCACGUCUUCUGGAAGGAAUCCAUCAACUGCGGCUCGCUGCCGAAACGCCUGCCGAGAAGUUGAUGCGGAUGAGAUUCGAGGUACAACUCCAGUAGCUGGAUGGCCGAGGCAGGUGCUGACAUGCAGUCGCUCUUGCGAAUCAGAUCAAUGGGCAUCUCUGUGUACGGCUUGCGAUCGAAUAUGGCCUUCUACAAGCAAUUGCCGCCAUGAAAGGCUCGAACAUUACUGCAGCUGGACUGGCACAGGAAACAGGCUGCGAUGAGCUGCUGAUCAGUACGUUCCCGCGAGCACUGCAAAGUUGCCUCCCUCGCAAUUAUCAUCGUUAACUUUACAGACAGUCCGGAUCAUGAGAUUGGUAACGUACCAGGGCAUAUGCAAGGAAACAGGCUAUGCAAGCUAUGCGAGCAACGACACUACGGAAGCCAUAACAACCAAAGGCUUCAUGGGCGGAGAGAAGCACCAGUCCGUUCUCAUGUCGAUGCUCAAUUGAACUACGACGCUGAUUGAAAGCAGCACAGAUCUGGGGUUUGCGGUUGGUUCGAAACUCGUGGAACAGAAGCGCAAAGAAGGUCUUCAUCAAUUUCCCGAAGGGCCGGGCGAGAGAAGUCCCUUUGAAUACACGUUUGGCAUGCCCCUUUUCGAAUACCUGAAGCACGACCAGGAACAGAAAGAAGCCUUCCACGACUACAUGGCAGCUCGACGGGAUCCCCGUGCACCACAAUGGUUCCAGAUAUACCCAGCAAUCGAGCAGUUGAGCGACGGCCUCAAAGCCGACAAUGAUGCUGCCCUCGUGGUGGACAUCGGUGGAGGGUUCGGACACGAGCUCUCCAAAUUCCAACAAUCAUUCCCCAACCUUCUCGGCAAACUCAUUCUUCAGGACCUCCAGGUCACUUUCGACGGCCUACAAACCAAACCAAAAGGUAUCCAACUCAUGCCGUACGACUUCUUCACCGAGCAACCCGUCAGAGGCUCCCGUCUUUACUUCUUUCGAAACAUCAUGCACGAUUGGUCUGAUAAGAAAUGUCGGGCCAUCCUCUCGAACACGGUCAAAGCUAUGGAUCCAAAGUAUUCGAGGAUUCUGAUUGAUGAUUACGUUUUACCUGACACGGGCGCGGAUUUGCGCGCAGCGUCCAUGGAUGUCCUCAUGAUGAUCUUUGCGUCUGGGAUGGAGAGGACGAGGCAUCAAUGGGAGGAAUUGCUGGGGUCUGUAGGGUUGGAGAUUGUGAAGGUGUGGAGUCACGAGGCAGGUGUGGAGUCUGUUAUUGAGGCGAAAAUGCGAGACUGA